AUGGAGGCAGAAACGGCCCUCAAGGGCCCCACCCCGCGGGGUUGGAGGGCGUGGACCAUGAAGAAGAAGCUCAUCAUGCUGGGGGGGAUUCUGGCCCUGAUUAUCGCCUUGGGAAUCGGUCUGGGAGUGGGAUUGGGCGUGGGAUUGGGAGGAGGCAGCGGAGGAGAAGAAGAGGGUGGAGGAGAGACCACGCCGCCCACCAGCUCAGGCAAUUUCACGUCCGCCAAGUGGAAUCCCACUGCUGGAACCACCUGGCAGAUCGAACUGCUGUAUCCUCUGAAUGAUACCUCGGUUGAUGUGGAGGUCUACGACAUUGAUCUGUUCGACAACAACCGGUCCAUGAUCACCAGUUUGCAGGACGCCGGCCGCAAGGUCAUCUGCUACUUUUCCGCCGGUAGCUACGAGAACUGGCGCCCGGACAAGGACAAGUUCGAAAAGGCCGAUCUGGGGAAGAACAUGGAUGGCUGGCCGGGGGAGAAAUGGAUCAACAUCAGCUCGCCGAGUAUUCGCAGCAUCAUGCUGGACCGGUUGGAGUUGGCCAAGAACAAGAGCUGCGAUGGAAUUGACCCCGACAAUGUCGACGGAUACGACAAUUCCAAUGGUUUGGGAUUGACGCAGGCGGACUCGAUCGAUUACAUGAACUGGAUGGCUAAUGAAGCCCACGCGCGCAACAUGUCCAUCGGGUUGAAGAAUGCAGGCGCGAUCAUUUCAUCAGUCAUCAACAACAUGCAAUGGAGUGUUAAUGAGCAGUGCGCCCAGUACGAGGAGUGCGAUACCUAUGCUGCGUUCACGCAGAAGAACAAGCCCGUCUUCCACAUUGAAUACCCUAAGGGCGACGACACCAACAAUAAUCUGUCGGUCAGCUCGAGCGAGAAGCAGAGUGCAUGCGACUUUACAGGGUCUGGGAACUUUUCCACAGUGAUUAAGAAUAUGGAUUUGGACAAUUGGAUUCAGACGUGCUAA